GUUUAGACCCAGCAUUACCCGGUUUCAUAUACCUAACCGACCGCCUAUCCCGAAAAGAUGCAGAUUUCGUGGACGUCAUCCACACUUGCGGGGGUUUUUUGGGAAUAUUGUCCCAGAUAGGUCACGUAGAUUUCUAUCCCAAUGGUGGCACCCCUCCUCAACCAGGCUGCUCCGGAGUGGACGAGAUAAUAAAAGCCUGUAGCCACGGACAAAGUUGGGUCCUUUUUGAAGAAAGCAUCAACGCAAAUUAUGAAGCUUACAAAUGUGACUCGUGGGAUGAUUUUGAACUGGGAAUAUGCAUAAAAGAAAAGGUACUUUUUGGAGACCCCGUGCCACCCACUGCAAGGGGCUCGUACUAUUUUUAUACCAAAAAAAAGUAGCAUAAAAAAAAGUAA